CUUGCAGCAUGCAGCCGACGUCGCUUCUUCUGCUUGCGCUAUCGAGCGUCGCUGCUGCCUCGUGCGGCGUCAACUACGGCACCUGCAGCGCCGAGAGUCGCUGCUGCGAGUCGGCGCUCUUCGAAUGCGUGCCCCGGGGUAGCCAGCACGACAAGUUUGUCUGCGAACCUACGUGGGGCUCGACCAUGCACGCGCAAGCUGACCACGUCGGUCUCUGGGCGCAAUGCGGCGGCAAGGACUUUACUGGUUCGCGUAAGUGCCCGCCCGGUUCGGCGUGCGUGACGGUCAACGAACACUACGCCCAGUGCCAGGCGACGGCCACCGACGCGAAGCACCUUCCUACGUACGCGCAGUGCGGCGGUCGCAACAACGACUUUGACGCGCAAGGUAAAGUCUGCCGCGACGAAGACACGUGCUUUCGCUUCAACGCUCACUUUUGGCAGUGCCUCCCGCGCAACCUUGCCUUCUUCUAGUAAUCUGUGUUUGCAUCCGUCUCUCUUCUGCGUUGUCCAUCAAACACUGUUUCGAAUACAGUGUAUUACACAGCACAUAUUCCACAGUAUUUAUACAGAAUACAGGAUAAUUUCAAG